CGUUCAGUUGAUGGCAUCAUGGGUUUUCCAUCCUUUUUUCAAGCUUUCUUGCCAUUAAAAGCCUUUUUUGCUGGCAAAUGUGGUAAAUAUCAGAAAAAAGUGAAGGACACUUCGCACCUUUUCCUCUCGUACAAGUGCGUCUGCAGGGAUGGCUAUGUGCGCAGGAGCAAAUCGAAAUGCGCUGCCAUGUACAUUCCACCGUACAGCAGUCAAACUCGGAAGGUAAUAAAAACAACACUAAACACACCCGGAAAAACCACCAGCACCACAGCAGUGAUGACCACCAGAAACACCACAUUGUCGAGCACCACAUUGUCGAGCACCACAGAAAGGAGCACCAAGAAAAGCACCACAUUGUCGAGCACCACAUUGUCGAGCACCACAGAAAGGAGUACCAAGAAAAGCACCACAUUGUCAAGCACCACAGAAAGGAGUACCAAGAAAAGCACCACAUUGUCAAGCACCACAGAAAGGAGUACCAAGAAAAUCACCACAUUGUCAAGCACCACAUUGUCGAGCACCACAUUGUCGAGCACCACAGAAAGGAGUACCAAGAAAAGCACCACAUUGUCGAGCACCACAUUGUCGAGCACCACAUUGUCAAGCACCACAGAAACAAGUACCAAGAAAAGCACUAGGAAACCGACUUGGACCACAGCACCACAUACCACAAUCAUUAUCCCACCUUGGUUUCCAACGAACGAGGACGCAAAACUAACCACGAUAAAUGGGUAUCAAGCAGGCGGUAUCAUAUUUGAGGAGAAUCAGAUCUGGAGCACAUUUGAGCCAUCAAAUUAUUUGCGCAUGGCUGAGUUUGUUACUCCCAAGACCACCACACCAUCAACAUCAAUCCAUAUUAUGAACCUUCCUGUGACAACCAACACCAUGACUACGCCUUUUAUGGGACAUUGGAAAAUUCUGGUGUCCGGAGUUCUUUAAUUUAAUAAGAAUUAAAUAAGAGAAGUUAU